AUGCCUGUCUUUGAAGAUAGACCGUCGUUCCUAUACGAAGUUUGGGCUCUUUAUGGCGUUGGGACGCUCAUUCUGCUUACUCGAUUCGCCGUGCGGUUCAAGACGGUCGGAUGGCGUGGGUUCCAGGGGGAUGACUUCUUUUCGGCACUCGUUUUGAUAUUCUUUGCCAUGGAUGGAUUUACCGUCCACCUGAUAUAUUACCUGGGAACAAACCUCGAGGCAAACUUUUACGCAAAAACACACACAUUGACCGACUCCAUCAUCAAAGAUUGUGUGAAGGGUUCGAAACUGGAGUUUGUCGCUUGGUAUUCAUACACUUCUCUCAUCUGGUCGCUCAAGGGGACCAUGCUCUUCUUCUUUUCUCGAAUCACCAUUGGAACCUGGCAUAGUAUUCUUGUCAAGACGGCAUCCGUUUGUUGCGCUGUCUCCUACUUGGCCGUUUUCCUCACCGUCACGUUUGGAUGCUUUCCUACACGCAAGAACUGGCAGGUUGUUCCUGACCCUGGAGAGAAGUGCACGUUCCGGAGGCAAAACCUCGUGGUGACCACGGUGCUCAAUGUCUUGACCGACUCUAUGAUAUUGGGUAUUCCACUGCCGCUGCUGUGGAAGCUUCAAAUCCCCCUUCGAAGGAAAAUUGUCAUCGGCCUCCUUCUAUCGUCUGGACUCUUCGUCAUCGCCGCCGCCAUCAUCCGCGCAACUCUCACACUCUCAGCCCAUCCAUCCGCCCUCGCUGUAAACGAAUGGGGCGUCCGCGAAACACUCGUCGGCAUCAUCACCGUCAACAUUCCCAUCCUACGACCCAUGUUCAAACGCUCAUUCUGGUCUUGGCAAAACAACACAAAUAUCAGCUCCUCCUUCCGAACAACGACAGGAGCCGGCAAGUCAACAGAUAUCACAGGGCCGUAUGAACUCACGCCGAGUAUCGCCGAGGGAUCCAAGCCAAGCGAUCGCGGUAGUCAAGAGUCCAUCUUCAAAAAGGACAGUGUUUCUAUGGCGGCCGUCGUGGUCAAGACUACGUACGAUGUGACUCAUGAAACAGCCAUUGAUGAGGAUGAGUCGUGGUCCGGUUGUGCCUAUGACAACGGCUGGGAUUACGGCGUCGGUUCCACUGACACCGGUACCACUGGUGACGGUCCUCCAGCGAAGCCCGACGAUCCCAAAGCUCCCGUGCAAGAGUACUUCUGGCCCGUCCUCCGCAAGCACGGCCUUGGCCAAGCCGAACCCGGUGAACGUCCCGUCAAGUGCGCCUGUCCCAUCUGCUACGACCACAUCAGCAUGGCCGGCCUCUCGACCCCCGAAGAAGGAGGCAAGCAAGGCCUCAUCGCUCCCUGUGGCCAUGAUCCCGACAACUACGAGUUCACUGAACGCAAGUGCCCGGUGUGCCGUCUUCUGCUCCAGUGCUACUCGUGCACCCACACGGUCAUGAAGGAGCCCAUCCCCGACGCCACCUGUGAUGUCGAAGAGCUCGAAUGCGUCCCCAAUUCCAUGACGGAGACCUCUGUGCCGUACCAGGCCAUCUGUGUCGAGUGCUGUUUCACCUUUGACGAUAUCUUGAAUGUUGAAGAGCUGUAG